GUGCCUUUGUCUGACUAUUAAAGGGCAAGUAACCAAAAAAUACUAAAACAGCUCAAUCAUUAACCUCUGACUCUUUCUUUCACUAUCAGUUUGCUGAAGCUUCAUCAAUGGCGGAACCAAAACGAGAACCCAGUUCAGUAAAAACAAAGACGAUGAGUUUAAUUCCAGAGAAAAGCAAGCUUCACGUAGCGAUGACGAUCUUUCAAUUGGGAUAUGCAGGCAAUCAUGUGAUACUGAGAGUUGCAUUGAACAUGGGUAUAAGCAAGCUUGUUUUUCCUAUUUAUAGGAAUAUCGUUGCUCUGUUUCUACUCGCUCCUUUUGCUUUUUUCUUAGAGAAGAAAGACCGGCCGAAAUUGACCGGUUCGUUUCUUAUGCAGUUCUUUGUUCUUGGUUUUGUUGGAAUAGCAACAAAUCAAAUAUUUUACUUAUUAGGAUUGGACAACACAUCGCCCACUUUUGCCUCAGCUACAGAGAACGCUGUGCCUGCACUCACUUUUAUCUUAGCUGCCUUAUUCAGAUUAGAGCAAGUCCACUUUAAUAGGAAAGAUGGAGUAGCUAAGGUACUCGGAAUUCUAACUUCAUUCAUCGGGGCUUCAGUGAUAACUCUAUACAAAGGACCGUCAAUUUACAGGCCAGAUUCAUCUCCAAACCUAUUGACAUUCGGAGAUGGCAACGCAAAGAAUUGGACAUUUGGAUGCAUAUCAGCAUUCGGACAUUGCAUUUGCUGGUCGAGUUGGAUAGUACUUCAAACAAUGGUGCUGAAGAAAUACCCAGCUCCAUUAACUGUUUAUUCAUUUACUUGCUUCUUUAGCAUUUUCCAACUUUUACCUGUUGCUGCUUAUUUUGAGACAGAUUCACUAAGUUGGCAGCUUCACUCUACUGUCGAACUCCUUAGCCUUCUUUACGCGGGCCUGGUAGUUUCAGGAAUUGGAUUUGGGAUACAGAUAUGGGUCCUUCAAAGAGGCGGUCCAGUUUUUGUUUCAGGGUAUCUCCCUCUGCAGACUAUGCUUGUAGCUAUCAUGGCAUCGGUUGCUUUAGGCGAAGAGUUCUACUUGGGCGGUAUCAUUGGAGGUGCGCUAAUCAUAGGCGGCCUUUAUCUGGUGGUUUGGGGCAAAAGUGUAGAAGGCAAUUUCGCCGGCACCACAAAAGUUGCGACUGAGAGUGUGCACAACCGUGGAAAUAAUACAGCCACAGUCUCUGUUCUACAGCCAUUACUUUCAUAGUAUUUUGAAGUCUUUUUCACUUUUUAAUUUUAAUUAAUACAAAAGUAAUAAUUUCAUUUA